AUGGAGAACAAGAAAGCAUUAUACAAAGGUUACCAUAAUCUUCAUGAAGAUAGAGAGUCUGGAAAGGAAAACACAGAUGGCAAUCAGGAACUGUUUCCCUGUGAAGUCUGUGGAAGACGCUUUGCAGCAGAUGUUCUGGGAAGGCACGGACCGAUAUGUAGAAAACUCUUCAACAAAAAGCUGAAACCUUUCAAUUCCUUGAAGCAAAGAUUCCAGGGCACUGACCUUCCUACUAUGAGGAUGGUUCCUCCAUCCAAGUCUCAACCUGUGAGGAAAUCUAACUGGAGACAACAACAUGAAGACUUUAUCAAUGCCAUUCAAUCAGCAAAACAGUAUACAUUAGCCAUUAAAGAAGGUCGGCCACUCCCACCUCCACUGCCUCCGUCCAUCAACCCAGAUUAUAUUCAAUGCCCAUAUUGUAUGAGGAGAUUUAAUGAAGCGGCAGCUAGUUGACACAUUCCUUUCUGUAAGGAUCAGUCUUCUCCGCGAGUCUUUGAUCCAGCCUAGACAGCAGCCAAAUUGGCAUCCAGAGUCCAGGGUCGGGGUCAGAUGAGUCCCACAAAAGGACCAACGGUAACAAGUGCAGUGGGAACAUUGCUACAGAACAGAGCCUUGGAGACCACCAGUGCAGUCCCAAACCGCUCAGGUGAGUCAGUGAGCAAGUUGGCUAUCAAUGACGACUAUCAGAAGAGACAGUAG